AUGGCACUCAACACUUCCGGAAUUCAGCAUUUCUUCCUGACAAAUACCUCUCCCCACAGUGUCUCCUUAUGUCUCAGUCCACAGGUGUGCCUUGUGAAGAGGGGCGGGAUGCUCUCCUCCCAAGUAAUCAGAGUAGGUACUUUUAGCUGCUCUGCAAGUGAUGCUUUUCUUGUUCCACAUGAGUGGUACGAGCCUGGAGACUUCAUCAUUGGUGGGAUGGUGUCUCACCUCCUCUACCACUCUAUUGAAAGUAAAUUUAAAGAAAACCCUGCCAUAACACCUUAUGGUAUACCAGUUGUAACCACCAAAUUUCAUCAACACAUCCUUGCCUUGGCCUUUGCUGUGAAGGAGAUCAAUGAGGACUCCCAGAUCUUACCUAACGUCACUCUUGGGUUCCACAUCUAUGACAGUUACCUCAAUGCAAGGAUGACCUAUCGCACCACUCUGGACCUGCUUUUCAAAUCCCAGGAAUUUCUCCCUAACUACAAAUGUGAAAGCCAGAAGACUCUCAUGGCUAUCAUUGGAGGAUUGGAUUUUGACACAUCAUCUUACAUAGCUGAAAUCAUAGGAUUCUUCAAGAUUCCACAACUCCAUUCAUUUCUUCAAGGCAUUUCCUUUAACAAUUCAGCUGGGGAGAGAGUGUUCCUGAAUGAGAAAGGGGAAGCAACAAGUGGAUUCGAUAUCACCAACUUGAUCACCUUUCCAAAUAGAUCCUUUCAGAGAGUUAGAGUUGGAAAGAUGGAUCUCCAGGCUCCAAAGGGGACAGAAUUAUUCAUUGAUGAAGAUGCAAUUAUCUGGCACCCAGCUUUUAACCAGGCUCAUCCACUUUCUAGAUGUAAUGAUCCUUGUUUCUCUGGAUCCUGGAAGAAAGGGAUUGAAGGGGAUCAAUUCUGCUGCUAUGACUGUGUUCCAUGUCCAGAAGGGAAAAUUUCAAAUCAAAACGAUAUGGAUGACUGUUUUGAAUGUUCAGAAGAUCAUUAUCCAAAUAAGAAAAAGAAAGGAUGUAUCCAGAAAGUGGUGGUGUUUCUAACCUUUGAAGAAACCUUAGGAAUUGGUUUAUCCUCAGCAGCUCUUGGUUUCUUCUUCUUGACAUCUUGGGUACUUGGAACUUUUAUUAAGCACAGGGAUACUCCCAUUGUCAAAGCCAACAACAGGUCCCUCACCUACACCCUGCUUGUCUCUCUUCAGCUCUGUUUUCUCUCCUCUUUACUCUUCCUCAGCCAGCCUGGCAAACUGACCUGCCUUCUCCGACAAUCAAUGUUUGGUGUCACCUUCUCAGUGGCCAUUUCUAGUGUACUGGCCAAAACCAUCACUGUGGUUGUUGCUUUCAUGGCCACUAAACCAGGAUCUCAGAUGAGGAGAUGGGUGGGGAAAAGAUUGGCCUUUUCUAUUGUCUUUUCAUGCUCCAUCAUCCAAGUAUGGAUUUGUAUCCUUUGGUUGUCGACAUUUCCCCCAUUCCCUGAGUUGGACAUGCACUCAGCGCUCCAAGAAAUGAUUUUACAGUGCAAUGAAGGGUCAGCUUCAUUCUUCUACUGUGUCUUGGGCUACAUGAGUAUCUUGGCCAUUGCCAGCUUUAUUGUGGCUUUUCUUGCCCGUAAAUUACCUGACAGCUUUAAUGAAGCCAAGUUCAUCACCUUCAGCAUGUUGGCCUUUUGCAGUGUGUGGAUCUCCUUCUUUCCAGCCUAUCUGAGCACAAAAGGCAAAGCUAUGGUAGCUGUGGAGGUCUUCUCCAUCUUGGCCUCCAGCGCUGCAUUACUGGGAUGCAUAUUUCUGCCAAAAUGCUACAUCAUUGUUUUCAGACCUGAACUAAACCACAGAGAGCAACUCAUAAAGAGGAAUUAGUUCCCCAAGUGUAUAUGUAUACAUCCAAAUUACACUGUAUUUUUCUCUGUGUCAUUUAAUAUAUAUGUGGUUAUGAGGGUAUAUGCAUAAUUUUGUAUUUAUUUAUUUUGUAUUGUUUAUUUAGUGUAUAUUGGAAGUUAUGGCCCUCUGAGAGCUGUAUGCAAUGAAAUUUCCUUUUAAUGUAUGCUGAUUAUUGUACAUUUAAAGUGACAAUAAAGUUAUUCUAAGUCUAA